ACGCAGAGAGCUUAAUAUUGCACAAACCCGAGCACAGGUCUCCACACUUCCACACUACAGUGGUCCAGUGCCUGACCACCUUUUACCAGUCAUCAGGGAGCGUUUCACUGGAAGAGCAUCACCAUGCCUAAAGUCUUAGCACCAGCAGCGGAAGGAAGUCCACAGAAGACCGAUGACAAGAUGAGGGCCUUCGCGGAGCAGGUCUUUGCAUCUGAUACCAAAGACGAGAACAUCCGUGAUGAAAUCUCCAUGUUUGAUGUUGCUGAGGACUGUCCCAUCCUCCACCAAGAGAUGGCCAAACAUCUGCACAACGAGGAUGAUGUUGAGAAACGCAAGAGGUAUCAGCGCUGCCGCACCAUGGCCUCUGCUGUCACACAGGUAGCUGCUGCCCCCAUAGCAUCAGUGGAAGUGGACAUGCCAACCUACCUGGAAGUGCCUGACUUCCAGAGAGUGGCCAUCAUCGGAGACUAUGCUUCUGGGGUGACCAUGGAUGACUUUGAGCUGUCAUGUAGGGGUCUGUACCGCGCCUUGACCAUCAGGGAAAAGUACAUGAGGCUGGCAUAUCAGCGCUUCCCAAGAACAGCCUCCCAGUAUCUGCGUGACAUCGAGGGGACAACCUUCAAACCUGAGGAUCAGGUGCACCCAAUCUUCACGGCUCCUCCAAAGAAUGGAGAGGACCCCUUUGACACCAAAUGCCUACCAGAGAAUCUGGGCUAUGUUGCCCGUAUGAAGGAAGGUCUCGUGUACGUGUACAAUGAUGCUGCAGCUGCUGACAAACAUCAGCCCAAAGAUCUGCCCCGUCCAGACUACAACACCUUCAUUGACGACAUGAACUUCCUCAUUGCUCUCAUUGCACAGGGCCCAACUAAGACUUACACUCACCGUCGUCUGAAGUUCCUCAUGUCCAAGUUCAAUGUGCAUGAGAUGUUGAACGAGAUGGAGGAGAUGAAGGAGCUGAAGCUGAACCCUCACAGGGAUUUCUACAACUGCAGGAAGGUCGACACCCACAUCCAUGCUGCCGCCUGCAUGAACCAGAAGCACCUGCUACGCUUCAUCAAAAAGUCUUACCGUGUGGAUGCUGACCGCAUUGUGCACAAACUGAAGGGAAAGGAGGUCACCAUGAAGGAACUCUUUGAGUCCCUGAAGCUGCAUCCCUACGACCUCACUGUAGAUUCUCUGGAUGUGCACGCCGGUAGACAAACCUUCCAGCGUUUUGAUAAGUUCAACGCCAAGUACAACCCUGUAGGAGCUAGUGAGCUGCGUGAUCUGUACCUGAAGACAGAGAACCACAUCAAUGGAGAGUACUUUGCCACCAUCAUCAAGGAAGUAGCCACUGACCUGGAGGACGCCAAGUACCAGUAUGCUGAGCCUCGUCUGUCCAUCUAUGGUUGCAACCCCAAUGAGUGGACCAAGCUUUCUGGUUGGUUUGUCAAGCACAAAGUCUUCUGCCCAAACCUUAAAUGGAUGAUUCAAAUACCCAGGAUUUAUGACAUCUUCAGAGGCAGGGAUUUUGUGCCCCACUUUGGUAAGUAUUUGGAGAACAUUUUCCUUCCCGUGUUCCAAGCCACCAUUGACCCACAGUCCAACCCUGAGCUCAGCAUCUUCCUCAAGCAUGUGACGGGCUUUGACAGCGUGGAUGAUGAAUCCAAACACAGUGGUCACAUGUUCUCCACUAAGAGCCCCAAGCCUGAAGAGUGGGACAUUGUCAAGAACCCCUCUUACACCUACUACAUUUAUUAUAUGUAUGCCAACAUUGCUGUCCUCAACCAGCUCCGCAGACAGAGAGGGAUGAACACUUUCAUGUUCAGGCCUCACUGUGGUGAGGCCGGUGCCAUCACCCACUUGCUGGCUGCCUUCAUGACUGCUGACAACAUCUCUCACGGCCUCAACCUCAAGAAGAGCCCUGUGCUGCAGUACCUGUACUUCCUGACCCAGAUCCCAAUUGCCAUGUCUCCUCUCAGCAACAACAGCCUGUUCUUGGAAUACGCCAAGAACCCCCUGCUUGAGUUCCACAAGAAAGGCCUGGUGGUGUCUUUGUCCACCGACGAUCCCAUGCAGUUCCACUACACCAAGGAACCCCUGAUGGAAGAAUAUGCCAUUGCAGCCCAGGUCUUCAAGCUCAGUACUUGUGACAUGUGUGAGAUCUCCAGGAAUAGCGUCCUGCAGAGCAGCUUGUCCCAUGAGGAAAAGGACCACUUCCUCGGUAAGGAUUACCUGAAAGAGGGUCCAGAGGGCAACGACAUCCGUAAGACCAAUGUGGCCCAGAUCCGUAUGGCGUAUCGCUACGAGACCCUGAUCUAUGAGCUCAACCUAAUCAAAGAAGGCUUGAAAUCUGAGUAAACACUAAAACAUCAUCUCUACUGUGAUGUAAUUGGUUACCACAUCUGUUUUUCACAGCAACUCUUAAACAAGUGAAUCUUAAAGAAACUGACCUUCUGACACACUCAUGUUCUCUCCUGUGGAGGACGAAAGGUUUUGAUGAUUAUCUUCACUGUAUAUCAUCUGCACUUCUUGCCCAAUAGACUUGUACGUUGCAGUAUGUCUGUUCCAGUGGGAGGGACGCCAUGUGUCAGAAUGAAAGGAUAUAAAUGUGAAGCAGCAAGUAUCUUUUUGUAUUUGUUGCUGUACUGAUGCAUUUAAUAAAUGAGUUGGUAGCUUGUUA